AUGGACCACAUGUCAACGCAACUUGCGCUCCCAGCCAGGUUCAUUCUGGCAGGUGGUGCGAUCUCGCAUAGAUGCUGCUCGAUGCUUGCUAAGUCGCAGUUCUCCGACGCAUUGAGUGCUUUCAUACUUUCAUGGCGGACUUCGACUGUGUGGUUUCUUGGAGACUGGGCAAAGCCGUGUCUGGCAUCCCUUGUCACCACAAUUCUCUUGCCUAUGUCGUAUGCGCAACCCUCUGCCGCGGGUCACAUCGUAUCCGACGCGCAGAACGGCGUACCUGUCGAUCUUGAACGGUGCACCCACACUGUGCCCGUCCACAUACAUGGGGAUAGCCCUGCUAAAGACAGCUUGGCAAGAUCAGUUACACCAUACUGGCUAGAGUGCUACGCGACCAAAGGGGUUGCACCAUCAACCGACCCACUGUUUCAAGACUCGCAUCACAUCCCUGUCACACGUAUCGGACCGCUACUCUGGCCCAUAUACUCCCGUCUGUCGUGUUGA